UAAAAAUUGAUCUAUUUAUACAUGUCACUUAUACAGUAAUUAGUAGAACUUAGUGUAGCAUUAGUAAUAUCUAGUAGAACUUAGUGUAGCAUUUAUAAUAUCUGCAUGCUUAUAUUCUAAAACCACUGCUACUUUACGCACAAUUAUGCUAAACACAUACCAUAUAUAUGCCUAUCAGUCAUGGCGAAUUUAAUUUUUGAAGCACUAAACCAAAUGACAACUUAUAUUUGGACUAUUUUUUUUAUAUUCAACGAAAACAUCUAAAUGUUCUGCUAGACUGAAGGAAACAAACACUGGACAUUGCAUUUGUUACUCGCCAAGACUGGUACAUGUUAUACUUUAACACCUAGCUAUUGUCCAGCACACUGCUUUGUAUCACUGUCAAGCUAAUUAAAUAGAUCUGUUUCCUUUCUGAUUAUAUCUUUCCUGAUUUAAUUUUACACAAUGCUUAUUUUUGUCAUCAAAUUUAAAUGUUUAUGGUCUUACAAUUUUAGUUAAAAAGGCAAAUUAAAAAAAACACACUACUUUGUGGAAAAAAAGGGAAACAUAUCUUUAUUUAAUUAGCAUAAUCAAUAAAACAUCAACUCGCAUGUCAUUUCUUUUAACUUUAAUGGUGAAGGUUUGCACAUUAUAUUAACAUUGACCGCACAAUAAUUCUUGUACAACAGUCAGGGAUCUAGUAGACACAGGGUUAAUAAUACAUCAUCAUUCAUCAUGCUUCAUUAGGGAUGCAUGUAAUUAUAAUAGGAGUUUUUCCCAGCUUUUCUUACUUAAUAUUGUACGCAUAAUUGCAUGUUUCUUACAGAAUGCUGAUAAAUCUGUACAAACAGAUACACAGGAACUACAAUAUCAAGAUGGCCCAUUAUUUAAUCGUUGUUUCCAUUAUGAAGCUUGUCUCUCUAUUUGCCACUCAUUCAUACUUGAGAAUACACUGGCGUCUGACAACACAGGAAUAUAUGUAGAAACUGAUUCUCAAACAUUUUUAACUGGAGGAUUAGUUAAAUCAGAAGCCAUUCAAUGUCAACAAGUAGAUGAAAUCGUUGAAUUCCGAGUAUUCACCGAGAACCAACUUUCAGAUACUGGACAUACAAAAAAUGAUUUAAAUUUUGUAUCAAAAUCUUCAAGUUGGUCACAAACUCUGAUAACUGUACAAUAAAUGAUUUUCAAUGGAAAUUUCAAGUUCUUAAGUACAUGUAAAAUCGCACAAAUAAAAUGUUAAAUAAAGAUGUUAUUGAUUAUUGCAACCAGCAUGGGAAACAGGAAUGUGUUGCAUUUCUAUCGGAAUCGAAUAAUGAUGCUGAAAAGCCUAGUCAAAAGUCAUAUUAUAAAUCUAUUGAAAAACUCUCCUUAAACUCCAAAACUUUGAAGAAGUCUGCAAAUCGUGAAAAAGGAGCGUUAAAUCUUGAAGCUUUUUUGAGCAGUAUAUAUAAAUUCCCACAAUGUGAGAAUCACAAACGUGUUUCAAAAGUUACUUCAAAUGAUUUGCUUGAUUUAAAUGCUUCUUUUAAGAGAGAAAAGGAUAAAAAUGUUUCUCUUAUGGAAGAAACAACUGACCUUAAAGAAAAAAAUGAAUGUCUUGAUAAAAGCAAUUUCAAAAUGGAGUCAAAACUUGAUAAUUGUAAACUAAAUCUAAAAAGGACUGCAGGUAGAGAAAAGUAUGCUUUGAAUAAAAUUCAAAAAAUGGAAGAAAAAGUAAAAUCUAGUAAUUGUGGUGAAUGUUGUGAAGAUAAUAAAUUAAAAAUUGCACACUUAGAAAGUCAGCUACUAGAAAAAAAUAAACAGAUAGGAGAACUUGAAGCAAGUGUUGAUUAUUUACAAGAUUUAUUAAAUGAUAAUAGCAAUAAUAAGAAGCAUGUUAUUGUUUUUGAUGAAAAGUCUAGGAAAUAUACUCCAGAACUUAAAAAAUGUGUAUAUGAAAUGUUGCAAAACCAAGUAAGUGCAUCUAAAGUAUCAUGUGUAAUUAAUACUGUACUUAAAAUGGUUGAUAUAAUCCCAAAUAAACUGCCAUCUAGGACUUCUGUAUUAGACAUGAAUAUACAAAGACUGUACUUGGCUCAUGCCCACAUAGUAGACGUUUUUUCAAAAGAAGAAAAUACUGCAUUACUAACAGAUGAGACUUCAAAAUUUGGUACAAAGUUUAUGGGGUAUGAGGCAUGCGACUCGGAUGGGAAAUAUUGGGUACUUGGUCUUAGAGAUAUUGAAACAAAAUCAGCUAAUGACACAUUAAAGGUAUUUAAUCAAAUAUUAAGCGACUUAGAUGAUGCGAGUAAUUAUGACAACAAGGAGACAUCAAAGAAUAUUGUAAGUCAUAUUGUAGCUACGAUGUCAGACAGAGCAGCAACUGAGGUCAAGUUCAAUGAACUGUUGUAUCAAUUUAGAAAAGAAAUAUUGCCUCUAACUUAUCAUAAUUACCAUGAAUUAACUGAUGAAGAAAAGCAUUCUAUUGAAACUUUAUGCAAUUUCUUUUGCGGCCUUCAUGCUCUUGUCAAUUUUGCUGAAACUGCUCGAUCCUGCUUAAAAGAAAUAGAAACUGGUAUAUAUGAAAUACCCAUCAGCGAUAAAUCUUACAAAGACAAUGAUCCGGGUUCAAUAAGGUUAGUAAGAACCGCAUCAAAAGCUUUUGGUGAAGGUUCAGGAGGGGACGAAAAAAGUGGAUGUCAAGGGCCUUUCAAGACUUUUGUUAAAGAAUUUUUAGAUUUACACAAACUAAGAGGUGUACCACUUCGAUCAUUUAGGGGUACAAGAUUUAAUAUUCUGUUUCAAAAUGCAGGAGCACUUUUUUUUCUUCAUUCUCAAAUGAAAGAUUUCCUAUGUUCAUACGGAGCUGGAAAUAGAUUAUUAAAAUCGAUUCUAUUUGAUCUGAAUACUGUCGAGUUUGUAGCUGGGAUAAAGGCGCUAGGAUUGUUAAGCAAAUUUAUUACAUGUCCAUUAUGGUCAAUACUUGAAAACAGGGAUGUAUCAAUUAUUGAUAUGAAAGUAAAGUACCUAGAACUUGUUACAUUUCUUGAUGAUGCCUCUAAAGAUAUUCCAAAGUUUAUGCGUGGUGAAAUGUUGCCUUUUGGAGAGGACACCCAUAUUGAAAAGGGACCAAUUUAUGAUGCUUUACUAACAACUAGCAGCUUUGAUAAUACAGUGGACAUGAUGCUGCAGGUAUUGCUACCAGCAUUAUGCAAACUGAGUCGAAGAUUAUUUCAAGAUCACCUACCUGGGGGUAAACUAAGUAACUUAAGUAAUGAGGUAAAACAGAAGGUAAAGGCAGCUCCAAAGACCUCUUGCUAUGCCGAGAGUGUCUUUGGACAAUUAGACAAUCUUCUUCGAAGUAGGCCAAGCACUAAAACACUUGCAGCUGAAGCAUGUAUUAUGUUUUUAAAUAACAAGACACUCUUUUGGUUAGAACAAAAAGGAAUACAGGAACAAAAAAGUUUGAUGAAAGAAGCAUCAAGAAAUGUUAAAACACUGCGUGAGAAAUAUAAAGACAGGCUUAAUGAAAUAGACCAGAAUAGGAAAAUAGUUAUAAAUGAGGCAAUAGCAAAGCGAGAAAAAAAUCAAAAGGAAAAAAUUAGAAAGCUAGAACAGUUCACAAACGACAUUCUCAUUCAUGGCUUAUGGCAGUCAGAAGCAGAGAUAGAUAAUAUGGUUUUGUCGUAUGAAAAAAAGACUGAAAAGCUGGAAGCAAUUAAAGCUCAACUCAAGUUCAGGAAAGAAGUUUUAAAUCAAAUCCCAGAUGAUAAAACAGUCUUCAAUAUAACAAAAACAAAAGAAGGGUCAAAAUCAAGAAAACAAUUAACCGUUGAAGAAUUUGUUAAAAAUCUCAAAGAUCUUGUUAGACAAUCAAUUGUGAAAGACAAUCUCACUGAAACAGAAAGACAUAUAUUAGUUGGUAAACGUAUAAAACAUAGGUUGAUGAUUGAUGGUCAUGAGAAAUGGUAUCAUGGAAAGGUUAUUUCACAGGUAAAGCAAACUAAACAUUGCAUUUUGAUUAUGCCACUAAAAAGCAAUAUUUGCUAUUUCCUGAACUGCAAAAUAAAACAUACACCAGUAAAUGUCCAGUGUAAUAAUCAUCAUGAACAUCUUUGA